AUCAUUAAGAGGGAGCUCUCCACUGGAGAGCGCACACACAUAUACACACACUCACAAAGACACUCACACACAGUCAGAGCAGAGCAGAGGAGCUCUCAUCCAGAUCGGUGCCAGACGCACGGUCGACUUUUUGAUUUUGCGCGAGUUUUACAAGGUUUUUGUUCAUUUUUCUUUAAUUAAGAGUAGUUAAUAUAUAACUGCUGGGUCAAGUUUGUGACCUUUCACGCCUCUUUGGAAUAUCUUUCGGGAUUAAAGGUGGAUACUUCACAGGCGCAGAAGUCGUCUUGAAAAAGUUCGACCAGGACUGUUUCUUUCCGACGCAGGAGCGCGCAGCAGCUCGGAGCGCUUCAAGACUUAAAAAAAAAAAAAAAAAAAAAUAGUCAGUGCGACUUCGUCUGGGGUAUUUUUUGAAUUGAGCCGUCCCAGAAAUGGUGGGGCACCUACACUUACAAGCGAUGGAUGAUAGCCUUAAAGGAAAGAACCGGGAAGGGCUGCUCGACAGUCCGGAUUCGGGAUUGCCCCCAAGUCCCAGUCCGCCCUUCUGCUCCCUCUCUCCGGGUCUGAUCGAGUCGCGCUCCAGCAGCUGCACGACGCCCGUCGAAAGCCAUCAUGGAUAUUAUAAAAAGGAAAGCAGAGAAGGCAAACUGCUGCCCUACCUGCUGCUCAACGCCACAGGAACAGACCCAAAGACUCGCAUGUACCCCGUGUUCUUCGGAGAAAGCAUCGAGGUCAACCCCAAACCAGAGCAGGAAAUCAAGUGCAACUCCGAGGUCAAGUAUGACUCUGACAAGCAUUACAGGGACCGAGUUUACUGCGCCCCCGUUCCCACGGCCACCUCCUUUAGCGAGACAGUGGUGGCGGUGCGGAACUGCACUUGGAGGAGCUACAAGUCCCAGGUGUACCUGGAGCCACGGCAGAGGCCCAUCAGCUACCAGAGUACCACCAUCAUCUACCCGAAACACGCCAAGAACACUUACCGCACCACGCUCAACUACAACGCCACAGGCUCCCGCCGCUGGUUUGUCUCCACGGUGCAGCUGGAGUCGAGUGAGGAUACUAGUCCCUGUAUCAUCUACACAGAGGACCUGUAGAGCCCGGACCGGGCCAGCCCGCACAGGGAGAGGGCGACCGGGUGUUUUUUUUUUGGUUUUUUUUCUUCUCUUUUUUUUGGAGGAAGAGGAACUUGGGAAGGCAAAUAUUGAAAUGGAAAUACUUCAAGUAAUAGCUGGAGCAACUAAAAACCCUGCUCUGUUCAUCUUUACUCGCCAUGGAGGAAACUCUGGGAAACCCUUUAGUGACAUUUCACCUGAGUGUAUUUAGACUUUCUACUGAUGCAGUCUUUAAAAAGGGAGGGUUGGUCCUCUGGCAGUCUAAAGCUGCACUUCAAUGGUUAAUGUCUUAUUUAAUACCAGAGCUGACAAAUUGGUGGCCUUUGCUGUCCUUCAGGUUGGAUCGUAACCUCAGUGGAGGUAACGAUCAGAUCGUAGAUGUCUGUGUAUGUAGAGAAAAGUCAGGAUGACGUGUCGUGGGAGCUCGCGCAAACCCAGUCACACCAAUGCAAAGCUUUCUAAUAUGGCUUUAUUGCACUUGUUUUCUAUAUAUCACAGUUCUCUGAGUGGGCUUAGCAUCGCAGGGGGAGAAUUUCAGUACUGCAUUUGAAAAAUUGGACCAAAGACAGUUUAUCUCUUUGUAAUAACUCCACACAAUGAGGCAGAACGCUUUUGUUUUGUUAGAGUUAAGACUGAAGUCUAAUCAAAACAAGGAUCACAGAACGGUAACAAAAGAAUAUUUGAAAAGGGAGAUAUUUAAAGCCUCUGAAAACAUGGUUUAAAAUCUAAAAACAGCCUGUUAAACGCAAUUUAAUUUCAAUACUUUAGUUUAAGAUAAUGUUUGGUCUCUAGGAGGUGCUGAGGGGCUGCAGAGCAACAUUCAACAAUUUAGAUUGACAACACAUACAGCCUUUGAGAACAGUGGCAAUCGUUGCAUAGUUUACUUUCUGUUUUACCUGCUUUUGCCAAAAAAAAAAAUGUAAACAAGCAGAGGGAAGUGACACUUCUCUGUCACAACUCUUGGUACGGAACAAACUGUACUGAUGCAGUGGCGCUCACCUGUCGGCUUCUCCAAGAGAGUCAAACACAAAAACAAGAAGUGUUUCCAGCUGCAGCCUGUCAGUAUCUGGACGCUUCAAGUGCAAUCGACAUAUCACUGUUUCAGCUGCUGCACCAGCUACUCAUAAAUGCAUCACUUAGAAAGUAACUAGUCAUUAACUUCAAACCGGUGAUUUGCUGAAUCAUAUUGCACCAUUGAAACGUAGCUGGUAAAGUCGCUGCAGCAUCAUAACUUUAAUAAUAAUUUGCAAAUGUGGGUCAAAUGUUGGCAGGCUUAGCAUUAGCUUUGUCCGUCGGUUCAGUUAGCUAUGUAACAGUUGGCAGUUACUGGGCAUACGUGUCUAUUAACAACCAGUCCCUACAUAAGAACUAUGUGAUGCAAUUUACACAUCACCUUUUGUGUAUGUGUAAAUCUCCACUAAGUGAGCACUUGCGUUAUAACUAGGUGUGAGUUUACGAGUAGCUGACGCAGCCGGGCGUUUCAAGUUUUCACAUGUCAACAAAUUGUCAGUGAAGGUUGUUCAAAAGCAUGAAACUCUUCUGCUAUCACCAACAUGUAAAAAGUCGAGCAGGGAAACCACAUUAGAUUUCCCUGUUGAAAAUGUAAGAUAGAUUUUUAUAGAGCGUUUUCAUGACUUCUUUAUGUGUCAUAUAUAUAUAUAUAUAUAUAUAUAUAUAUAUAUAUAUAUAUAUUUAGAUACUGAACACAGCAAAUAUUGAAACUUCAGACUUUACCUCAAAUUUUCUUAGGUAUCUGUUUUAUUCAUUGCAAAUGUGUAUUCCUGAUUUUCAGUUGAGGUCUUGAGCUUGUGAUCUUGUUUUAUUUUGUAGUUUGAAAUACCCUCCAGGUUAUGUGUAGAGUGGAGAGGACGCGGAGGGCACGAAGAUGAGGCGGUGCAUCAGUACUGUGGGAUAGGUACUGGGCUUUAAUGAGGGAACAGUAAGUAGCAAGACAACAGGAGAAAAGUCAGAUCUGCUCCUUCAAAAGAAAAAAUAUAGACGAGAUGACUUUUUAUACAGAACAGUGAAGUCCCUGGUAAGAUGGUGGAGAGUUUUGCUAUGUGUUGAUGGUCUGUGAAAUGUCAGAGACUGAUGAGAGAAAGUCGGUGGGUGUAAAGUUAAACACGUUGGUGGUUUUCUGUGAGAUACUUUUGUGUUUCCUAACACUUGAUUUUGUUACUGUAAUAUAUUUUCCUGUUGUAUAUGUGGCAUCGAGGCACUUCAUAAUUCUCUUUAUAUUUUUGUACGUCAAUCAUUGUUCCUGUUCUGAUCAAGGAAAAUAAUUUAAAAAGAUGUAUAUCCUAAAUGAAUAAAAAAAAAAAAAAAAAAAAAAAGAAAUUCCCAAACCCUAAUUCUGUUGUUUUGAGUGCAUUUGUUGCUUGAUUUUGAUCACAGGAUGUUGUAUUUCCCUUCUUACUACAGGUUUAAUUUUGGCCCUCUGAAAGAAAGAGGAAGUUCUCCAGACACACAGUGGGACGGGUCACACAGUUAAUAUGGUGCAGCAUCCUGUUGGAAACCCUCAGACAAUAAUAAUAAUAUCCCUCGUAAAAAAAGAAUCAAGGCAUGUUCAUUAAGCAGAAUUUCAGAACAAAAACAAAAUCAAUCUAUCAAUCAGGCCGUAAGUAUUUGGAGAGUUAUAUUUUUUUUAUUGUUCUUCAGGCCCUCUGCCUCAGCGCAUUCACUGCCUCACAUUGAAAUAAAAUAAUAGAUACCACAGUGCCUCAGGAUCUCCACAGCAGCUCACAUCAUGCAGUCUCCAGUGUUGGAUAAGACUGAUGUGAAACAGCAAACUGGACCUGACCACAGAGAUAUUUUGGUUCCUGGUGAAAGUCGGUAUUUAUGAAACAACUGACUGGAUGAAAUUGCUCUUUUCCAGAUCAUAUGAUACAUUAUGUUGAAGUUAUAAAAGCUUCAACUUGAUAUAUCAGUGCACAAAGUAUUCUUUUAAAAAUCCCUAAUAUGGUCAAUAAAGGAUUGAAUAUUAAGUCAGCAACUUUCUUAUCCAUAAAUCAGGGGAUGUAAAAUUGUGCUCAGGGACGGACACGGUGGGGAUCCAUGAAAACUGUUUUCCUCCUGUGCAGAAAAGCCCCUGCAACAUAAAUAAUGUUUUAUCUGAUGUCCUCAGAGAUGGUUUACUUGCCCAAAUUUGCUCUUCAUGUCUCAGCAGUCUACAUAUAUACUCCACAGCAAAUACAGAACACAAUUAAAAUACCUGAUCAGAAACUUAAAAGUACACUGUGGACUUUGUGGGCCACUUGUGGUGGAGCAACAUUUUUAUCAGCAGGUCCCAGUUGCACAAACAAUGAACAAUUCUAAAUAUUACAAAAAAAAAAACACAUCGGCACCUUGAAGUUUACAUGAAAGUCUGGAGCAGGGCUAUUCAGGUUCUUUACUCGAGUGAAAGCAGCAACAUCACACUGUGACAAUACUCAGUUAAAUGUCAUUAAUUGAAAGUAUUACUCAAGUGAAAGUACAUAAACAUAAGGAAAAUGUGUUUUAAGUAUGAAAAGCAAGGUAUUCUGGAAAUUUCCCUCUUCCCUCUGUGAGAGUACUGUAUGGUUUAUAAUAUUAUAUGAUCAUACACUGAUGCAUUAAUGUGUAAACUCAUUUUAACAAAUCUAUAUAGUAGAGGGUAGUGUAAUCUAUUACCAUGCAUUAGAAUUUUUAGGAUAAUCAUUUUUUAUAUGUAAAUCUUAAACUGAAAAGUAACAAAUAAGUUGUCAAAAAUGUAGCAGUUAUAACUGGAAGUAGCGUAUUUUUCAAAGGUCUUUGUUACAUGUUGUAAAUGGAGGAGGGAAGACAAAUUAAGAAUCAUAUUUCACUCUUCACACGUCUAAGUAGGCCUACUUAAUUUCAUAACAUGGUAUCCUUGUAGGGCUCAUGGGAGUUAUGUAAGGAGGGGAUCAUAACGGAGACGCAGUGUGACCUUCAUACGAGCUGAAUGAUAGCACAGCAGAUCACAGGAGACCAGAUCAGUAGCAGCUGAACAGCACCUUAGUUCAACAACCGCAGCGGACGACUCGGCUCAUCAUCAUGAUCAGCUUUACUACGACAUUAACGUGGGUCAGGGCUGGAUCUGAUCUUAUUUUGUUCAAUUUAUGCAAAAUUAAUAAAUGCAGUGAUUGAACAUCUCUCCCUGAAUUCUUUGGGUCAAACUUAGUCAAUGUAUAAUUGUAAAAAGAAAUAUGCUUAUACUGCCCCCUGGUGGUACUUUACCCUCAUUACUUUGGGUCUGUCAAACAACCAACACAAACACAUACCAAUAAAUGACGUGACUCUGAGACCAUGAAUGGCAAUAAGCUUUUUAUUUAAACAUUAAGGCAGUGUCUUUUUUGUUUUUCAUUUUUACACUGCUAUCCACAAAGCUUGCUGGUGGGCAUGUAGAAUUUAACCAUGUGAAUAUUUUUUUUUUUUUUUUUUUUU